UCUCUCUCUCCCCCGCAGGCUCUGCACACACCAUGUACCUGAACGUCAACCUGACCCCGCCCCCCUCGGCAGCGGGGGAGGGGUCCUGUACCACGCCCAAGACACCGGAAAUCCUGAACUCCCUUAUCAACCUGACCAGUCCGCCCCUCCCGCACUCCUAUGCCCACUACCAGACACAGGUGGAGGGCGGAUCCCUGGUGAGCCCUGUGAGCGAGCUAGGCAGUCCCCUGGAGGAUGGAGGAGCAGUCACCACCCUCAGCCCUCAGGAAGGUCCAUUAGGAAGAGGCAGGAGUGAGCACAGUACACCCCGUCACCUAUCCCACGGUGGCGCAGGAGGAGGAGAAGGAGGAUCAGGAGGAGGAGGAGGAGGAGCAGGAGGUCCCUAUUCUGGCGGAGGCGGUGUUGGAGGAGGAGGAGGAGGAGGCGGAGGAGGAGGUGGAGGAGGUGGUCUGGUGGGCGGGUCCCCUGGCACCUCAGGCAUGGGAGGUCCCCUGGCUGGGUCCUCCCCGCCCUCCACCCCGGACCUCCCCUCCCCCGUCAGCACAGUGGAAGCCACCAAGUCCGCGCUCAUCAAGGAGGGCCUCAAGCUGCAGAUCCGCACUAAGCUCCAGGCGGCGGGCGUCGACAGCCCCGAUAACUUCCUCGAGGACAGCAAGAGCAUCAAAAGCGAGUCGGAUGACCUGACGGAGGAGGACGAGGAGCGGCGGCGGCGGAGACGGGAGAGGAACAAGAUCGCUGCCACCAAGUGUCGUAACAAGAAAAAGGAGAAGACCAUCGUGCUCAUGACAGAAUCGGAGUCGGUGGAAGACAUGAACGUGCGCCUCAAGACGGAGAUCCAGCGCCUCACGUCCGAGAAGAUGAAGCUGGAGAAGAUCCUUCGGGACCCCAACCACCGGGCGUCGUGCCGGCACCCGCCCCGGUGUCCCAAGGGCGCCGCCGCCUCGGCCGCGCGCGCACACCAGCCUCCGAAGCCUCCUCUCGUCAUCGUCACGCCGGCGGAGUCCCCCGACGCGGGCCUCAUCUCCCCCUGCUCCUCGACCUCCUCUUCGUCUUCCUCUUCUACCUCCUCCUCCUCUUCGUGUUCGUCGGAGAGUCCCACGUCCCCGCCCCUGUGCAGUCCGCCCUCCUCCCUCUACAAGACGCCCUCCGUUCCCUGCUCCUCGCCCCCUGGGAUGCCUGGGUGCCCCUCCUCCUCGUCCCCCUCCACACCCACGUCCUCCCCUUCCUCCUCCUCCUCUCCCUCGUCUUCCGCGCAGUUCCUAGCGCCCAAAUACAGCGCGUCGGUUGGCCAGGCGCAGCGCCACCAGCCGUACCAGUUUCCACACGCGCGCCCUUCCUUGCCUCACGCUUCGUCAGCGCCAACGUCUGAAGGCAAGCACUUCCCCUGCCCGCCGUCCCCGACCGCGUCGCCGUCCCCUUCCUCGUGCACGGGCAAGGCGGCAGGCUACGGCUACCAGUGCCUGGGCCCCGUCACGCGCCCGCACGAGUUCACGCCCCCCAACGCCCUCCCGCCCCUCAAGCCCAUGUACACGAGCCCGAAGUCCCGCGGCGGCUCGGGGCUCGUGCGCUACAGUCCCUACGGCGGCCGCCACCCGCCCGUCCCGUCCCCGCUGGCCACCCACGCCCACCCGCAGCCCGGAAACCUGGCAUGUGGCGACGCCUACGGCCAGCCCACCCCCCAGAAUAACAAUAACGGCAACGCCAACAACAACAAUAAUAAUAACAACGGCUGCGGGCGAGAGGACCAGGCCUACGUGACCGACAUGCACACCAACCAGUUUUUCCCUCCGUGUACGUACAGCAGCAUGUGACCCGCGCUGGGAGGCUGGUAGGAAAACACCUCCCGAUAGCCAGCUGUAUUUUUUUUUUUUUUUUAGAUAGGCCUAGCUAUUUUUAAGGAAAAAAUAAUAGAAGAUAUAUAUUUACGAGCGUAUGCGCGGGUCUUAAUAUUUAAACCCCCCUUUUUUUAAGGGGGGCUCUUUAUUCGGCGGUCUUUCAACAUGGUCUGUCGGACCUCUCGUCAAGAUAGAGAAAGAGCUGUUAUGGCCUAGGACCGCUACUUUCAAUAUAUUUUUCCCUCUCUUUCUCUUUUUGAUAAGAAUCUGCUAAAGAUAAGGUUGCUUUCGCCGCGGCUGCCCGGCCGUCGGCCCCACAACACUAAGUUGAGCUUGCAUUGCAAUUUUUUGCUGAUGGUCUACUCUAUUUUCGUUGCAUGUUUGUUAUAUCUCACAUACAGGACCUCGUGUUUCUUUUCUUCUUGGUAUAAGAGAUUUUUUUUCUUCUUCUUCUUCCAGUGAAAUGAAAAAAGCGUUUUCACGACCCCAAAACUAGGCAGGAUUUGCCCCGCCGUAUCCAACAUGACAUGCGUUCACCUCACUGUAUUUCCUUGUCCUUCUCAGAUCCCCGUGUUAUAUAUUGAGUGCCGGGUGUUUUUUUAAUGAAUAUAUAUAUAACAUGUAGUGUGCGUGUUCUUUUUUGCGUUUCCGCGAGAAAAGGGAAAAACUCCAGGACUUGCUCAUUAGAAGGGCUCCUUGAAGUUUUUAGAUUGCAUAACGGAAGUGUAGAAUACUUCCUCUAUUUUCCCUCUUUUUUUUCCCCGUCUAUCUUUUUUUUUCUCUUUGAAACUCUGAAAGGUGUUUGUAAUACUUGAUCCAUACAUAUAUAUUUUUAUUAGCUUUUAUUUUCGUAAAGGAGAAAAAAUGAUCGCGACGAUUUUUUUAUUAUGAGAUGUGGAUGAACGAUUUAGGUACAAAACUCCAGAAACAUUCCUCUCUCCCUGUUCGAAACGAUGGCGAGGGCAGGGCUGGGGGGGCGCCUCUCCCCUCCACCUUCUGCCCCGCCUACACACGUCAGGAUUCCUAGGGUUCCUGUAGAGACGAGGGGCGUCUUCGGAUGCCCUCAACACACGAAAGAUUUCCUGGGUUUCCUAACCCUGAGACGCAGACCUUGAGCACACUGUAGGCAGGACACAAGAGAUGCCGCCAAGGUGGACAAACCAGAAUUCGUGAAGUAGGAUUGCGCGAAAUGAGAAUUCACGAAAUAGGAAAGCGCUAAGUAAGAAUUCAUGAAGCAGGAGUACGCGAAGUUAAAUUGCAUGAAGUAGGAAUUCACGAAGUAGGAAUACGCGAAGAAGGAAUUCAUGAAUCAGGAGUGCGUGGAGCUAAAUUGCAUGAAGUAAGAAUUCACGAAAUAGGAAUACGCUAAGUAAGAAUCCAUGAAGCAGGAGUGCGCGAAGUAGGAAUUUAUGAAGUAGGAAUGCGCAAAGGAAGAAUUCAUGAAGCAAGAUAGGCCAGUCACUGGACGCGCCCGUUUCCCCAGACCGCAGCGCUCCCGCAGCUGGUGGGCCCUGCCCCCCGACACCCACUAGGUGCGCUGGCCGAGUGGCUGCAGCUGCCCCGUGUUCCCCGAACUCCCCGUCAGAGCAGGCUCGAGUCUCCAGGUCCCUCUCCCCCCGUAGGCGAUCGCGCGGCCUCACACGCCCUCCUCGCCGAGGGACUCCCGUGUGCGCCGGCGCGAGCCAGGCGACUCACUAAACCGCCGCUGACCCCACGUCUGUUUGUCUGUUGUCGUCGUGUCUAUGUAUCUUUCCCUUCGUGUUUGUGAAGGUGUUUGUAUACUACCCAUCCCCCUCCCCCUCCCCGCGCUCCAUGUGUCCCAUGUAUCCCCGCCUGCGUGUAAAAGCAAGUGUCGUUGCAGUUCAUCCCGGGCGUGCGUGCGUGCAGGCACAGCCCACGUUUUCACUCGAUAGGCAGGUCAGGGGCGCCGGUAUCACCCCCCUGCCAGUACACCUCCUUCCCCUAACCUCAGCGCUCCUACGAGAGUCCCUGACAGCAGGCUGUCUAGGGGAACUUUACACGCCCUCUCUGAAGUCCCUAAGCAUCCUUUGUCCUCGUCAACAGUCGUUUUCGCGUCCAGUUGAUAUGACUCCAGAGUCUCCCAGACACGAAAGGAAAACAACAAAGGAAAUUCACUUCUCGAUUUUCGAAAUCAGACGACCAAAUGCGCCCAGAGCACGGAAUCCUAACAGCAUCCCUCCAGAGGUAGACAAAGUCUCGUCGACCUCCCGAAAUCUGAAGGCAGGGCGCGAGGCUGUCAUUAGCCGUCGCGUCGGAGUCGGAUAUUUGUUGCGCGCUUGCUCCUUCCUCCCACCUGUUCCUUCAUCCUGCCUCUUUUCCCUUUGAUCUUCCCACCCCCCUUUUCUUGUUUUCCCCUUCUUCUCCAUCUACCUUACAGGACAGAAGCGGAGGAAAAGAAGAAGAAGAUGAGGAGGAGAAAGAAGGAAGGGGGGAGACUCUCAGUCGUCGGGAUGGACACACAAGAGGAAACAAGUCCCCGGAAAGAAAAAACAAAAGUGAAAGAUGGAAACACAAAAUUAACCCAAGGAAUAAGGAAAAGAUGGACACACGAAUAAAAGGAAAACAAAAAUAACGAAGACGAGAAAACCUUAAAUCCCGUGACAGCGACCUCCUUGGCUGGUGGCGAAGAGUGUUCGUCCCGGCCCACACUGUUGCCAUGCGCCUGCACACUCGAAACGAGAUAGGAAAAAUGUUACCAAGUUAAUGCUAACAGAAGCCGUCCUUGCUCCCUCUCACGUGCCCAGAGUGCCCGGGAGAGAGAGUUUUAUUUUUUUUUUCUAUACAUAUCGGAUUUUCUACAUCACCUACAACGACAAUGUGAAGAUAGUUCUUCACGACCGACUUCUUACUGGAAUUACGUAGAACGGACGGCCGCGGUGGGUGGGGCAGAGCUGGAGAAGGAACGGUCACUCAAAUCCCAACUCUUACUCUGGCAAACUCAGAUGAUGAUGAUGAAGAUGAUGGUGAUUAAUGGUGAUGCUGAUGAUGGUGAUGGAUGAUGAUAGAAGUCAAGUGUGAGAACUAUGAAGCGUCAUCGAUGGAAGAUGGAACAAAACAAAGUUGGCCCAUCUAUCGAGAUAUCUAUUGGAAAAGAAAGAUGCAAUUUUCACCAUUUUUUUCUGACUAUACUCACGCUGCCCACCACACUACCGCCACACUCGAUCACACACAAGCUUUUAUACUUUCGACGACUUGAAGCGAAAAAAAAAACGAACGCUUUUUUAUUUUCAUUUUUUGUCCCAACGACGAAAGAGAUUUUCCUUUAAAAAAAAUAGAGGAAAAGUCUCUUCCCUUCGAAAUUUUUCUUUCAAUCCUUUCCUUUCCCUUUCCCAACUUUUCAUCAAACGACGCCCCGAUAUAGAGACCACGCGCCCUUUUUUUAAAUAUUUUUGUUUUCCUUUUUUUUUAUUUUCCUCACAAUAUCCUCAUGCCCUAUUUUUUCGUUUCAUUUCCAUUCAUAAAUCCCCUCAUUUUGUUUUCAACCCACCCCCCCUAUAACCCCCCCUCAAAGCUCUCCCCACCCCCCUCCCACCCCCCCGGGCCACCGAGAACGUGCGGACCUUCGCCUGCGCGCCAGUAGGCCUGGUCCCCGCCUUCCGUGCCCGCGGCAUCUCGCUGCCCCCACCGCCCCUCGCCGCCACCGUUGUCGCCGCGCCCCCUGGCCUUGGCGACUGGCGAGCGGGCGAGCGAGUGCGUGCGAGCGUGCACGCAGGCAACAUUCCACGUGCCAGGGGGAGGGCAGGGAGGGAGAGCAGGGGGAGGGGGGAGGGAAGAGGGCGCUGGUCUCGGGUGACGAAGACAGUCAACUAGACCCGAAGACUUUCCUUGGAGUCUUCUGCCUGCGUUUAUAAGCGGGCAUAACCAUAAUCAGACGAACUGUAUACAUCUUGUAUUAUAUACAUCAUAUAUAUAUUACGUAUAUCAUAUUCGAUGCUGCUCAAAGCGUGCAAAAUACAAUAUGAACCUAUUAUAUUGGCAGAUUUCCUUUUUUUUUAUUCUGGAUAAUCAUGUAUAUUUGAAAAAAGACAUAUUUUCUUCUCUCAAGCAUACUCUCAACACUGCUAAUGUGCUAAAAAAAAUAUUUUUAUAAACUGCUACGUCAAAGAAAAGCAGAUUAUUAAAUUUCGCAAUAUUCGUAAAUGG